AUGGCUACUGGCGUGGAGUUUGGUUCUGUGCUGCGCGGGGCGCCUCCUGCGUUGCGAGAGGAGCUUCUGUUUGCCUUCCACGCUGCGUACUUCGGUGCAGAGGCUUCCUGGAGGGAGCUGUUCGGAAGCCCACGCAAAGCGGCUUUUGGCCCUUUGACAGGUCAUUGCGUGCAGCCAGCCGGGCGCAACUCUGAUCCGCACCAAGCUGGUCAAGUGGCUUUGCUGGCAGACAUGCAAGGGCUGCUGGCUCUGUCGAAGCCUGCGGGGCUCUCCACCGACGAUGUCCUCGGCCUCGUGGCAGCACGGCGUGGGCACCCCUUGACCCGGGCCUCACGCCUGGACUUGCCGACCUCGGGGGUGCUCGUCGCAGCAGAGGGCGACGAGCACAGCGAGCAGGCUUGGUGGCUUCUUGCGCAAUUUUCCGGAAGGCUGGUGUCGAAGGAGUACCUCUGCCUUUGCUUUGGUGAUGCUGGAGACAUAGAUCAUACCUUCGAAAUCGAUGCCCCGCUGCGGAUUGCGGCCCAAAGAGGCCAGAGCCGUGCUUCCGUCGAUGAGGACGGCCUUGCAGCAAGAACACUGUGCCGGGUCGUGGCGAAGUUCCACGAUGCAAGAGACCCCGACAGCUUCGUGUCGUUGAUAUCAGCAAAGCCGAUCACCGGCCGGACCCAUCAAAUCAGAGCACACUUGGCCUCUAUUGGCCUCGCCCUCGUCGGGGACCGGGGCUACGCUGCCCAGGGCUCUUCGACCGCAUGGGAGCAAGCCCUGGCAGUGCGGCACUGGUGUCCGAGUCUCUUCUUACACUGCUGGCGUGUGGAGUUGAUCGGCCUCGGUGGUGGCCGCUGGGCGGCCACGGCGCCGCUGCCGGAAGAGCUCGCCAAAGCAUUGCGGGGUCUUCGCUGCUCGGGUCAGUCGAUGCCUUCAACGUUACCUCCGGCCAUAAGAGAUCUUCUCACCGGAGCCGGCGAC